AUGGACCACUACCUAGAUCUCCAGCAUGCAAUCCGUGAGGUGAUCAGCCGCCCCGACUUCGAUGCGGCUCUCCCUCCGCUAUCGGACAAGACAUGGAUGAAAAUCCUCGCCCAGACACAGAGGGUCGUAGAGGAGAACGACAGGCUGGAGUUCCUGGGCGACGCCCUCAUGUACGCCACAAUCGGAAGGCAGCUCUACGCCCAGAUCCCAGACGGGAACCCUCACCUCUACACGUCUGUUCGCGCGGCGUUGCACUCGAACAUGACGUUCGCGAUGCUCGCCGAGAAGCUGGACAUCCUGGCGGUAAGUGACUCGGUGCUGAGGGCUCUAACGCGCAACACGUUUGGCGAGAGCACGGCGGCGCCCGCGAAGAGCAAGUCCCAGGUCAAGGCCACCGCUGAUCUCUUCGAGACGGUCAUCGGGGCGUACUACCUGGACCAUGGCUUCGAGGCGCUGUAUGCCUGGGUGAAAGAGAUAUAUACCCCCUUGAUCGCCGCCACCACGCAGACCUUCUAUGCAUGGUGA